UAACAUCGAACGAAGAAAUUGAGUCUUUUCUUACUGAAGAAAUGGGAAGAAUGGGAUUAUUGCUGGGAAGUGGUUCUGUUUUACAGGCGACGAGAGGGCGGUUCUAACUUUUGAUUGGAGAUUUCAGUUCAGGAUUUUUUAUUGCAGAUAAGUGAGGUUCACUUUACUGUGAGUUCGUGGGUUUUUGGAGAAAAUCAUUCCUGGUGAAUCUCUAGCUUUCUCAAGAUGGCAGACAUCGCUAAGGACUUAACUGCUGGAACCGUUGGAGGGGUAGCACAAUUGGUAUGUGGGCACCCCUUUGACACCAUCAAGGUCAAGCUCCAGAGCCAGCCUACCCCGGCCCCUGGCCAACUCCCUAAGUACUCAGGUGCCAUGGAUGCUGUUAAGCAAACAAUUGCAGCUGAAGGCCCGAGGGGCUUGUACAAAGGUAUGGGUGCCCCACUUGCCACUGUGGCAGCUUUCAAUGCUCUCCUUUUCACUGUAAGAGGACAGAUGGAAGCAUUGUUGAGAUCCGAACCUGGUGCUCCUCUUUCAGUCAACCAGCAGAUUGUUUGUGGGGCUGGGGCUGGAGUUGCUGUCGCCUUCCUUGCAUGCCCUACCGAGUUGAUCAAGUGCAGGUUGCAAGCCCAGAGUGCUAUGGGAGAUGCUGCUACAUCGGGGGCAAUAAAGUAUGGAGGGCCAAUGGAUGUUGCAAGGCAUGUUCUCCGAUCAGAAGGGGGCGCAAGAGGCCUCUUCAAAGGUUUGGUUCCCACUCUUGCACGUGAAGUCCCUGGAAAUGCUGCGAUGUUUGGUGUGUAUGAAGGCUUCAAGAAGUACCUUGCUGGGGGCCAAGACACUUCUAGUCUUGGUAGGGGCUCUUUAAUUGCUGCUGGAGGCUUAGCUGGUGCCUCUUUCUGGUUCUCAGUCUAUCCAACUGAUGUAGUGAAGAGUGUUAUUCAGGUAGAUGACUACAAGAAUCCCAAGUUCUCUGGUUCCAUUGAUGCCUUCAAGAAAAUCCUAGCAUCUGAGGGAGUCAAAGGCUUGUACAAAGGAUUUGGGCCUGCAAUGGCUCGUAGUGUUCCUGCAAAUGCAGCAUGCUUUUUAGCCUAUGAAGUGACAAGAUCCAGCUUGGGAUGAAAGCCAGUUGGAGAGAUAAUACUGAUUCUUUCUACCAGCCAAAGGGUUCUGGGGAAUGUUAUUGAUAAAUUUUUUUUCGGAGUACCUGUUAUUGACAAUGUUAUUAUUGCUGCAUGACUUUUGUUUUAUGAAAACCCUUUUUAUUCAAUCCAGUAGUCAUAAGAAGUGUUCUAAGCAAUAUGGCAUUGACUUGUAAUAUCAGGAAGAACUCUCUUGGAACUUUUAACGCAAUUGUUGGCACAGGUUC